AUGGCCAAAUCAACAGGCCAAAAGAGGCGUAGGGAAGCCGAGGCCGAUCUCGAACAGCAGAGCACCGCAACGAAGACUCAGGACGGCCCGCCGUCCAAGAAGAGCCGUGUCGAGGAGCGACGGUCCCUCUUCGUAAGGUCUCUCCCGACCACAGCAACGGCCGAAUCCCUGACCGACUUCUUUUCGCAACAUUACCCUGUAAAACAUGCCACUGUCGUUAUCGAUCCUAGGACCAAGGAAUCCCGUGGCUAUGGGUUCGUUACUUUUACCGAUGCCGACGAUGCUGUCGAGGCUAAGCAGAAGCUCAACAACGAGCUGCUUGGUGGCCGCCGUAUGAAACUGGAGGUUGCCGAGCCGCGACACCGUGCAGGCGGUGACAGUGCUGCCAAGUCUCACAUCGCAGAAGAGAAGAAGAAGCGAGAGGAGGAAAUGGCAGAGGCCAAGAAGGCCCCGAAGCUGAUUGUUCGAAACCUGCCCUGGAGCAUCAAGAGCUCGGAACAGCUCACCAAGACCUUCUCCAAAUAUGGCAAGAUCAAGUUCGCCGACCUACCAAACAACAAGGGAAAGCUCAAGGGCUUCGGUUUUGUGACCUUCCGUUCAAAGAAGCAUGCGGAGCGGGCAAUGGAGGAGAUGAACGGCAAAGACGUCGAUGGGAGGACCAUUGCCGUGGACUGGGCGGUUUCGAAGGAUGAGUGGCAACAGCAACAGGGUCUGGAGCAGGAGGACGAGGAAAAGGAUGAACCGAAACCCAAGUCCAAGAAGUCCAAGAAGGAAAAAGCCGACGUAGACGAUGAUGAGGACGAGGAGAUGAAGGACAUGAACGAGGAGGACCGCGACCUUGCCAUUUUCAUGAAGAAGAUGGAAGACUUCGACUCCGAGGACGAAGACGACGACGAAGAGGACGAAGAUGAGGACGAGGACGAGGAUCUCUCAAGCGACUCGGGAGAAGAAAUCGUGGAGGAGAAACCCAAGCGUCUCACGGAUAACUCCACGACAGUCUUUAUACGCAACCUUCCCUUCACGGCUACGGACGAGUCGCUGAAGGAGCACUUCGAGAAAUUCGGCCACAUCAGGUACGCCAGGAUUGUCAAGGACAGGGCAACUGAGCGGCCCGCUGGCACUGGCUUCGUUUGUUUCGUCAACGAGGACGACUUCAAGGCCUGCUUGAAGAACGCUCCACGACAACGACAACCCGUCAAGACUUCUAGGCACUCGGUACUCCAGGAUGAGACUGUCGACACAGAUGGUCGCUACACCCUCGACGGACGUGUCCUAUCGGUGGCUCAUGCAGUGAGCAAAGAAGAGUCGGCUCGAUUCACCGAGGCGGGUCCUGCGGCCCGCAAGGGACAAGAAAAGGACAAGCGGCGCCUAUACCUUCUCCCCGAAGGCACCAUCCCCAGCGGCUCCCCUCUUUACAAGCUGCUCUCCCCGACAGAGGUCAAGCUGCGUGAGCAGAGCUUACAGCAGCGGAAGAAGCAAGUGCAAAGCAACCCCAGUCUGCAUUUAAGUAUGACGAGACUGGCAAUCCGCAACCUGCCCAGGAACAUGUCCUCCAAGGAAUUAAAGCAACUCGCCCGGCAAGCCAUUGUUGGCUUCUCUGCAGAUCUCAAGGCAGGCAAGCGCGCUCCGCUUUCCAAAGAGGAGCUUUCGCGAGGAGGAGCUGAGGACCGGGAAGCCGAGCACCGUCGCAAGGAAAAGGGCGUCGGCGUCGUCAAGCAGGCAAAGGUCGUCUUUGAGACGAGGGAUGGCAAGAAGGUGGACGAGUCCACCGGUGCAGGUCUCAGCAGGGGCUAUGGAUUCAUCGAAUACUCCAGCCAUAGGUGGGCGCUCAUGGGUCUCCGUUGGCUCAACGGCCACGCACUCAAAAACGAGGCAGGCAGGACGGUGCGACUGAUUGUGGAGUUCGCGAUCGAGAAUGCACAGGUGGUGAGCAGGAGGAAGGCAAAUGAGGUGAGGGCGAGGACCAAGCGGGCUGAGGCACAGGACAAGGGGGGGCAAGACAAGAAGCAAGGACGCAAAGACGUCAAGGGCAAGCCGGGCAAGGCACCCCAGGCGUCGGCUGGUGUUGAAGAUAGUGAGGGUGAGGGCAAGAAGAAGGAUGCCAAGGAGAAGUUGGCGCAGAGGCAGAGGAUCAUCGGGCGGAAGAGGAUGGCUCGGAAGAACAACAAGGGCCGGAAGGGUUAG